CGAAGCCCCGACCCGUCGAGCGUCGCGCCAGCCCGCGCCCAUGCAGCUCCGCCGGCAACCGCUUCCCGCGCCCCGGCCGGGGGACCCGUACCCCGCCGCCCCGCUGCUCGCGCUGCUCCUGCUGCUCGCCCUCCAGGGGGCGGCGGCGGCGCCCGCGGGGUCCGGGGACCCCGAGGACUCCGGGUGGCGUCAGGACGCGGAGCUCCCGCGCGGGCUCCUGUCGCAGGCGGCGCGCGCGGCGCUGCACUUCUUCAACUUCCGCGCGAGCUCGCCCAGCGCCCUUCGAGUGCUGGCUGAGGUGCAGGAGGGCCGCGCGUGGAUUAAUCAAAAGAAGGAAUAUAAAGUUGACCUGGCGUUUACCACGGAGCUCUACAACCCAGAGGAAGGUAAGGAACGUCUGGGGAAAUGUUCUGCUCGAGUGUUUUUCAGGAACGAGAAACCCAGACCGGCCAUUAAUAUAACAUGUACUCGGCUCAUUGAGAAGAAGACAAGACAAGAAGAAGAUUAUCGGCUCUACAAGUACAUGAAGCAGCUUCAAAACCUCUUGGAUGUAGUCAGCAUACCUGAUAGUCAUGGACAUAUUGAUCCCUCUCUGAGACCCAUCUGGGAUUUAGCUUUUCUGGGCAGCUCUUACGUGAUGUGGGAAAAGACAACACAGUUUUUACACUACUACAUGGCACAGCUCAGCAGUGUGAAGCAGUGGAAAACAAAUGAAGAUGCAAUUGAUUUUGAUUAUACUGUUCUACUCCAUGAAUUCUCAACACAGGAAAUGAUUCCCUGUCAUAUUCACUUGGUCUGGUACCCCGGCAAACCACUGAAGGUGAAGUACCACUGUCAAGAGCUACAGACACCAGAAGAAGCCUCUGGAACUGAAGAGGGAUCAGCUGUGGCACCGACAGAGCUUAGUAAUUUCUGAAAAGCAAAAAAGAUCUGUUUAUACCAAAUUCUGAACAAAAUGACUAUACUAAAUAACCUAAAUCAUUAUUCUAGUAAAAUAGCCAAGGUAUAAGGCAUUCUAAUAAUUUGCGAAAGCCUGUGAUUACAAGUAAAUACUCAAAAAUUAAAAGAUA